UUAACCCUACGCUCUCUCUCCUCUUUAAGUACCCCUCAUCUUCUUCCCGCUUUCUCAUUCGCCUCCAAACCCACAGUCUUCAGUCGUCACUCACUCUCUCUCCACAACUUCUUCACUCACAAUGGCUAUUGCGAAUGUUUUCUACUUUGCUUUACUCACACUCUCAUCUUUCGCAGCGGUGAAUGCCAAAAUUCCUGGUGUUUUCAUCGGUGGGCCAUGGCAGAGUGCCCAUGCUACUUUCUACGGUGGCAGUGACGCAUCCGGAACUAUGGGUGGUGCUUGUGGGUACGGGAAUCUGUACAGCCAAGGGUACGGCGUCAACACCGCUGCAUUAAGUACGGCUCUGUUCAACGACGGUCUGAGCUGUGGCGCGUGUUUCGAGAUUAAGUGUGCUGACUAUCCAAAAUGGUGCCACCCUGGCAGUCCCACCAUCUUCGUCACCGCAACCAACUUCUGCCCACCGAACUUCGCUUUGCCUUCCGACAAUGGCGGCUGGUGCAACCCUCCUCGUCCUCACUUCGACCUCGCCAUGCCCAUGUUCCUCAAGAUCGCCGAGUACCGUGCCGGUAUUGUUCCCGUUGCUUACCGCAGGGUGCCGUGCAGAAAGCAAGGUGGAAUCAGAUUCACCAUUAACGGUUUCCGUUACUUUACCUUGGUUUUGGUGACCAACGUGGCGGGUGCAGGAACUAUCGUGCGCGUGAGCGUGAAGGGAACCAACACUGGCUGGUUGAGCAUGAGCCGAAACUGGGGGCAAAAUUGGCAAUCCAGUGCUAUUCUUGUGGGCCAGGCUCUCUCAUUUAGGGUCACGGGCAGUGAUCGCCGAACAUCCACUUCUUGGAACGUGGCACCAUCUAAUUGGCAGUUCGGGCAAAUCUUCACGGCAAAGAAGAAUUUCCGUGUUUAAAAAGAAAAAAGAAACAUUUUCAUUUCCCGCCUUCAAAUUUGAAUUUCCUUUAUUUUCCCGGGAAAAAUCGGAAGCGAUGGGUGAAAUGGGAUUUGAAUUGAUAUAUUAGGAUUCAAGUUAAAGUGAGAGGUAAGGUAAUGUAGAAAAAGUGACAAAUUAACAGUGUGAUAAUACGUUUUCUUUCUUCUGUUUAUCCUUGAUUUGUUUUGAAAGUGUAAGAGGCUGAAGGUGGCUGCAAGAUGAAACCAUGUAGCCCGCAGCUCAGGUAAUAUUUAUAUAAUAUGUCUUCGUUGCCUUGUAUGUGUGUAUGAAUGUGAAUUUCUGUGUCGGUGACUGCUGUGGGGAGCAUGUGUGGAUGGCUCCACUGGUUUAUCUUUUAGCUGAGGGAAAUCCUGACAAAAUGAAGAUAACUUGAGUUCUUGUGA